AUGUGGAAUUCUUCUUUCUAUUGGAUCUCUUUUUGGACAAUCUAUUCCCUUUCUGGUAUUACAUUCGUCUUUGCAAAUUCGGUAUCAGUGAGUCGAUCAGCACGUCGGCCAGGUAAUAUAACAUUAGGUGGAUUAUUUCCUGUCCACGAAUAUGGCAGUCCACGAGAGCCUUGUGGAACGAUUAGUCAAUUCCGUGGUAUACAACGUUUAGAAGCCAUGUUAUUCGCUAUUGAACAAAUUAAUAAUGAGAAACACUUAUUGCCUGGGAUUGAAUUAGGUGCACUCAUAUUAGAUACUUGUUCCGAUGAUAAUUACGCUGUUGAACAAUCUCUUGGAUUUGUGCUCAGUCGUUUGACAUCAAGUAUAUGUAAAUGUGGGAAUACAUCUAUAUUUGAAUCGUUGUAUAAUGAAAACGUCUUCGGUGUUGUUGGCGCAACAUUGAGUUCUGUUAGUGUACAUGUCGCUAAUCUCUUACGUUUAUUUCAAUUACCACAGAUCUCAUAUGCAUCAACAACGCCUAAAUUAAGUGAACCAUCAUUUGAAUUCUUUGCGCGUACUGUUCCGUCCGAUUCUAAUCAAGCACGAGCAAUCGUCGAUAUAUUACAACGAUUAAAUUUCACCUAUGUCAAUGUCAUCUAUUCACACGGCGAUUAUGGUGAAGGCGGUUUUCGAGAAUUUCGGCGCUUAUUACGAGUGCCAGCAGCAACUGAAGAUGAUGCGAAUGUUACGAGAAGAAAACAACCGCGAAUAUGCGUUGCUGAUGAGCAACGUUUACAACGCGACGCGUCAAUACAAGACAUUCGAGAAAUUCUACAGACAAUGUUAGACCGGAUUAAGUCUGAUGUAAAAAUGCGUGUUUAUGUUCUUUUCGUUACUAAAGAAGAUGCAAGAAAGCUAUUGCAAGCAAUCAAAUCAUUUGAUAUCAGACAAAGACCUGUUUUGAUUGCAAGUGAUGCUUGGGGAAAAGAAUCAUCUGUUGUUAUCAGCGGUGAUACCGAUGAAACGGCUGUUGGGGCGUUAACUCUAGAGCUGAUUUCGAUCCAGCCAGCGAACUUCGAUCAGUACUUCAAUGCAUUGAAACCUGAUAUACCCAAUGAAAAUAUCUAUCAAGAUAUUAAUCAUCGAAAUCUGAAAGCGAUUUCAUCGCGGAAUCCGUGGUUUGCGGAAUUUUGGGAACAACGUUUUGGCUGUAAUCUAACAACAUCAUCGACAUGUCACGAUCAUCAACUGAAUGAAACGAACUGGGAUAGUAAAUUACAAUUCAUUGUCGAUGCAACGUACGUGUUUGCUUACGCUCUACACGAAUAUUUGCAAUGUUCAUCGACUUCAUGUUCAAACGUAUCGCUAACGGAUAUUGAUGGGAAAACUCUAUUUCAAAUUAUAUUAGAAAAAACAUAUCUAAUGCCCGACUCGAGACGGAUCCAAUUUAAUAGUGAACGUUUUGUGCCUGGUCAUUAUCGAAUCUAUAACUAUCGUCGAUCAGAUAAAUCGUCAUCAUCACCAAUGGAUGCGUUCACAUCUCCCUACGAUUAUGUUUCUGUAGGUGAAUGGAAGAUUGAUCGUAGUCAAAAUGGUGAACUCAAUCUCAACAUUGAUUCAAUUAUUUGGUCAAGUGCUAGUGCAGAUGAAUCCUUGUCGAAAACGAUUCCGAUUUCUCGUUGCUCAGAACCAUGUCGUGUUGGUGAACUUCGACAAUUUCAAGGCGACGCUUGUUGUUGGGUAUGCACAUCAUGUAACGAAACAUCGAUCAUCACUGGGCCAGAAGGACAAGAACGUUGUGAACCAUGUCCGCGUGGUCAUUGGCCAACUGACAAUCGAACAUCAUGUUAUAAAUUGAAAGAAACAUCGAUCGGGUUCUUCUCUGUAUUAGGAAUUAUACCAAUUAGCAUAUCCAUUAUCGGGAACAUUCUUACAUUAUAUGUUGUUAUUCUCUUCUAUCAAAAACGGCAAACACCAGUUGUUAAAGCAAGUGGAACCGAGCUUUGUUUCAUUAUGCUUGCUGGUAUUCAUCUAUGUUACUUAAUGACAUUUCCAAUCAUUCUCCGAGCUCAUUUACUCACAUGUAUUGUUCAACGUUUGGGAAUUGGCUUGGCUUUCUCUAUGAUGUAUGCUGCUUUGUUAACCAAAACAAAUCGUAUAGCGAGAAUAUUUGAAAGUACAAAAAAGCAGGGUAAAUUACGCCCGCAAUACAUUUCUCCACGUUCUCAAGUGGUCAUUUGCUCGUGUUUAAUUAUGGUACAAUUGCUUCUUUCUCUAUUAUGGUUAGCUUUUGAACCACCAUCGAUAGUCAUUCUCACACAAGAACGUCUAGUCAUACGUAAAUGUGACACGAACAAACAUUCAUUCCUUUUCUCAUUGUCUUAUAAUGUUUUACUUGUACUUAUAUGCACGAUGUAUGCCGUACGAACACGGAAAGUGCCGGAGAAUUUCAAUGAAACCAAAUUUAUUGGUUUUACUUGUUAUACAACUUGUAUACUCUGGUUAGCAUUUCUUCCCAUUUAUUUUACAGCUUACGAAACAGGUCGUCACCAGGUACAUAUCGUGACGCUUUGUGUUACCAUUUCAUUAUGCGCAACAGUGGCAUUAGCUUGCAUGUUUUCCCCAAAAGUGUACAUAAUAUUGAUUCACCCAGAGAAGAAUAUGCGUCUCGCGAAACAAUUAAAAGCGCAAGCCAAUUGUAUGAAAUUCGCUUCACACAUAGCAGCUAAUACAGAAUUUCUCUUGAAACAUAAUUCAACGAAAACAGAUAUAGUCAACGACGAUGCAUCCGCGAAAGUUGCCAUCGAUAGUAACAGCACAGUUACUCCGACUAAUAAUGUCAGUGCUAACACAGAAGAAAACAAACCAUUAACAAUCAUCAAUCGAAUGACAACAUUCGAGAAUCAUACAGAAUAUCCUGAAAAUAGUAAUUCUAUAUCAAGCAAUAGCAAUACUCUGCGCAAACUACCGAUAAUCAUUACAACAAGCCAAUCCGAAGAUGGCUUCAAUCAUGAAAAACUCAAUUUAACUACUGUACAAUACGAUGACGAUGAUGAUAGUCUUACUUCAAGUUCGAUACAUGAAGAGCCAAUCAUGGUAUAG